AUGAGAUCAGAAGCUUUCCUGCAACAUUGCUCAAGUCUCAUAUUGCUACACUUUACUGGGGCGUUUUUCCCUGAAGAUCCUGAGCCCAUCAAUAUUGUUCCUGUUACAGAUACAGAAACGUUUCCAGUGUUCUUGGGUAAAAAUGAGGCAGGAGAGAGCCCUGCAACAAUGGACAGGCUGGACAUCCAGCUGCUCAAGAUCAUUGACCGGACCCUCUACAUUGGUGCUAAAGACUAUGUUUAUUCUGUUGGUUUGGACACAGAAUAUACAAACAAUAUUUAUUUUAGUCAUAGCUUGUCGUGGGAAGUUGGACAGGAUGAUGUAGACAAAUGUGUCACGAUGGGGAAAAAGCAGAAUGAGUGCCAUAAUUUUAUUAAGGUUAUUCUAAGAAAAAAUGACGAAACUUUACUUAUAUGUGGGACAUAUGCUGCAAAUCCAUACUGCAGGUUUUUAAAGAUGAACGGUCUGGAACUUGAAGGAGAACCCAUCAAAGGAUAUGGCAGGUGUCCUUAUAAUCAAAAGGAUGGCAAUAUUGCAUUGUUCUCAGAUGGAGAUCUGUAUUCUGCCACUACGUCAGACUUCAUGGGACUAGAUGCAGUCAUUUACCGGAGCCUUGGAGACAAACCACGCCUGCGAACAAUAAAACAGGAUUCAAGAUGGUUGAAAGAGCCUUACUUUGUCCAUGCAGUGGAAGUUCGUGACUAUAUCUACUUCUUCUUUCGAGAAGUAUCAGUGGAGCAACUGAAUGUGGGAAAGGUGAUCGUAUCCAGAGUCGCCCGAGUUUGCAAGAAUGACAUGGGUGGAACUAUGGCCGUGCUUGAAAAAGAAUGGACUUCCUUCCUGAAGGCUCGACUGGAAUGUUCAGUUCCUGGUGACCCACCAUUCCACUUUGACAUGCUACACUCAGUUACAGAUGUUGUCAGUCUUGAUGGCAUGGAUAUGGUUUUAGCAACCUUCUCCACCCCUGCUAACAGCAUCCCUGGUUCUGCUGUCUGCGCUUUUGAUAUGGCUACAGUUGAUCAAACAUUUGCUGGUCAAUUCAAAGAACAAAAGUCUUCCCUUUCAGUAUGGACAACAGUUCCUGAUGAUCAAGUGCCUACACCCAGGCCAGGAUCUUGUGCUGGCUCUGAAUCUCUUGAAGAAUACACAUCCUCCAAUGCAUUUCCAGAUGACACUCUAACGUUUAGCAGUACACAUACUCUCAUGGAUAAAUCAGUAAACUCAAUUACUUCUAAGCCAUGGUUUCAGCGGACAGUUGUCAGAGACCGCCUGACAAAAAUUAUUGCAGAUAGUAAAGCUGGCCCCAAUCAGGAUUAUCAUGUUAUUUUUGUUGGAUCAGAGAAGGGAAAGAUUAUGAAGUUCUUGGCCAUGACAAAAGAAAGUCACUUUCAAGAUGGCGGCCUUUUCCUCGAAGAGAUGAGUAUUUAUAAUCCGGAAAAGUGCAACUCAGGAGGGGUGGAUGACACAAGGAUUAUAGCCAUGGAGUUGGACAAGCAACAAGGUGCCCUUUAUGUAGCAUUUCCAAACUGUAUAAUAAAGGCUCCUCUGGGAAACUGCGAGCGUCAUGGUGCAUGCAAAAAGACCUGCAUAGCUUCUCGUGACCCAUAUUGUGGAUGGGUGAAUGAGUCAUGUGUACAACUCUCACCUGGAGCUACAGAAGAAUUUGAGCAGGACAUUCUGAAUGGCAAUACGGAUGGCCUGGAAGACUGUUAAAGCCACCUUUCUACUAUGAAGCUUCCAAAAUGGCAUGGCUAGAAGAAAUCCAUGUCAUUGCUGAGGAGCACGAAGGCUUCCAGAAAGGGAAGAGCAGAACAAAUUCAGUUUUAAUUCUUAUUCAUUUAAUCUACAAGUGUGGGGGGAAGUCCAGCUAAUGAAUUGUACACUGCCCUUG